AUGACCGUUGAUAUGAGUGAUGCAGAAGUCAUCACUCCUAAUCUUCAACCAGACAUUGCUUUCUUCCAGGCUGGCAUUGCAAUGGGUAUCUCACCAAGCUGUUGCCUUGGGAGAUCUAAAAGUGUCAUGGAAAACAGAACUGCAACAGAGGGAGAUCGCAGGGAAUAUUACCAGGUUUUCUCCCGGGUUAAUUUUAUAGGAAACGGAAGAAAUGCUCGAUAUGGUUAUUUCUUGACAGAUGCAAAAUCGGUACUAGUACCUAUUAAACAACUUGAUGGAAAUGGAAGACGCCGGCUUGCCCAGCUUAUAGCAUGGAAAAUGAGAGGUCCUGGACAGAUGGCUGUCCUUCCAGGACUGUGGUAUCUUGGAAUGCUGUGCGCAGCGGAUAAUGAUCGGCGGCUUCCAUGGUGUCCAUUUAAUAUUUGGCGGCAAGUGAUAGAGUUUAUUGGCAUAGGGUUCAGUAAAUACUCGAUCAGAAUCGCUGAGAAAAUGGAGGUCAUGCUACAAGGCAUCCAUCCAGAUGAGGUUUCUAGCAAGUUGGAUCAGAUCGACUGCGUAAAGAAGUGCAUAGUUGAAUUUUUGAUCUUAUUGUGGCGGAUGUAA